UCCAGCGCGUUCCCGCGGGCAGCGGGCAACGGGCAGCCGGCAGCGUUGGCCUCAUUGCUUCCUCUGCAGCAGCCUCGCGUCGCCAUCUAGCAGAGUGCCGCAUCCGAGCCCCAGGAACCGCUCACUGCCGCGGUUGCUCUGCGCGGACCCGCACGCUGUGCCCAGGCCACCCCUGAGCCUGCACUGCUGAGGGUGCCGUGGUGCACCCUGAGCGCCGCAAUCCUGCGGAGGGCAGCAUGGGAUAAUGCAGCCAUGGUGCGCCGAGAUCGUCUCCGCAGGAUGAGGGAGUGGUGGGUCCAGGUGGGGCUCCUGGCUAUGCCCCUGCUUGCCGCCUACUUGCACAUCCCACCCCCUCAGCUCUCCCCUGCUCUGCAUUCAUGGAAGACUUCUGGCAAGUUUUUCACCUACAAGGGACUGCGCAUCUUCUACCAAGAUUCUGUGGGUGUGGUCGGAAGCCCCGAGAUAGUUGUGCUUUUACAUGGCUUUCCAACUUCCAGCUAUGAUUGGUACAAGAUUUGGGAAGGUCUGACCCUGAGGUUUCAUCGAGUGAUUGCCCUUGACUUCCUAGGCUUUGGCUUCAGUGACAAACCAAGACCACAUCACUAUUCCAUAUUUGAGCAAGCCAGUAUUGUGGAGGCUCUUUUGCGGCAUCUGGGGCUCCAGAACCGUAGAAUCAACCUGUUGUCUCAUGACUAUGGAGAUAUUGUUGCUCAGGAGCUGCUUUAUAGGUACAAGCAAAAUCGCUCUGGUCGGCUUACCAUAAAGAGUCUCUGUCUGUCAAAUGGAGGAAUCUUUCCUGAGACUCACCGUCCUCUCCUGCUCCAAAAGCUACUCAAAGAUGGAGGCGUGCUGUCACCCAUCCUCACCAGGCUGAUGAACUUCUUUGUAUUCUCUCGAGGUCUCACCCCAGUCUUUGGACCAUAUACUCGGCCCUCUGAGAGUGAGCUGUGGGACAUGUGGGCAGGGAUCCGCAACAAUGAUGGGAACUUGGUCAUAGACAGCCUCUUGCAGUACAUCAAUCAGAGGAAGAAGUUUAGAAGACGCUGGGUGGGAGCACUUGCCUCUGUCACUGUUCCCAUUCAUUUCAUCUAUGGGCCAAUGGAUCCUGUAAAUCCCUAUCCAGAGUUUUUGGAGCUGUACAGGAAAACACUGCCGCGGUCCACAGUGUCGAUUCUGGAUGACCACAUUAGCCACUACCCACAGCUAGAGGAUCCCAUGGGCUUCUUGAAUGCAUAUAUGGGCUUCAUCAACUCCUUCUGAUAUGGAAAGAGUAGCUUCCUUGUGUUACCUCCCUACUCCCAUAUCUGUUGUGUAUUCCACUUAGGAAGAAAUGCCCAAAAGAGGUCCUGGCUAUCAAAUACUAUUCUCACAAAAAUCCACUUUACUCACAUCUGUCAACAGAACCCAGAAAAAAUGUAGCCAAAGUUCUAAGGGUGACAUAAUAGCUCACCUCCUAUUCCUCUGACAUCUGAUCAAGUGUGUGGACUUACCUUUGUCUUUGUAUUAGGAAAUGCUGGUGAGCACUGCUCACUGAUUUAGAAAGAC